AUGAAUUCAAAAGAAAACAUUGUAAAUGAAUCAACAGGUACUAUUGAUGUUCGACCACCACAUAACAUAAGUGAUGAUACGGGUAAAACAUUUACAUUUGAUUAUGUAUUUGGACCAAAUUCAAAACAAGUUGAUAUUUAUAAUUUGGUUGCUCGUCCAAUUGUUGAUGCUGUACUUGAAGGUUAUAAUGGAACAAUAUUUGCCUAUGGACAAACCGGCACUGGUAAAACAUUUACAAUGGAAGGGAAAAAAGAUGAUAAUAAAAAUUAUGGUAUCAUUCCAAAUUCAUUUGCACAUGUUUUUCUUGAAAUUUCAAAAGCUUCGAAAGAUGUUGGAUAUUUGGUUAACGUCUCAUAUCUUGAAAUUUAUAAUGAAGAAGUUCGUGAUUUACUUGGUAAAGAUCGUGAUAAAAGUUUAGAAAUUAAAGAACGACCAAAUGUUGGUGUUUAUGCUGAUGGUUUAUCGGCUCAUGCAUGCCAUUCUGCAACAGAAAUGGAAGCAUUAAUGCGUGGUGGCAGUUAUAAUCGUCAUACGGGUCAAACUCUUAUGAAUGAACGUAGUAGUCGAUCUCAUGCUAUAUUUACAAUUACAAUUGAAUGUAGUGAUACUGGUCCUGAUGGGGGAAAACGUAUUCGAGUUGGUAAAUUACAUAUGGUUGAUUUAGCAGGUAGUGAACGUCAAUCAAAAUCGGGUGCUGAAGGAAGCACAUUAAAAGAAGCAACAAAAAUUAAUUUAUCAUUAUCAACAUUAGGCAAUGUUAUAUCAGCAUUAGUUGAUGGAAAAUCAACACAUAUACCGUAUCGAAAUUCCAAAUUAACCCGUCUUUUACAAGAUUCAUUAGGUGGAAAUUCAAAAACAGCAAUGAUUGCAAACAUCGGUCCAGCUGAUUACAAUUAUGAUGAAACAUUAAGUACACUCAGAUAUGCAAAUCGUGCUAAAAAUAUUAAAAAUCAUGCACGUGUUAAUGAAGAUCCUAAAGAUGCUAUGAUACGAAAUUUAGAAAAUGAAAUUCAACGUUUACGUAAACAAGUUGAAGAAGGUGGUGGUGGUGGUGAUGAUGAUGAAGGAUCAGGUUCUGAUGUAAGUGAUGUCGAUGAAAAUGGUCAACGCAUUGUACGUAAACGUCCAUUACGUGUCCGUCAAGAACGUAAAGAAGAGAUUGAACGUGAAAUUGAAAUUGAACGAAGAAAAUUACAAGAUGAUACAGAAAAAUCACAAAAAGAACGAGAUAAAAUUGCUCGAGCACUUUCAGAAAAACAAGAAGAACUUCAAGCAAUAAAAGAAAAAGAUGAUCUUGAACAAAAACUUCGCCAAUUAGAACGAAAAUUAAUUGUUGGUGGUGAAAAUUUACUUGAUAAGGCUCAAAAACAAGCACAAUUAUUAGAAGAAAGUGAACUAGAAUUAGAAACACGUGUACAAAAUGAAGAACAAUUAAGAAAACAACUUCAACAAAAAGAGGCUGAAACACUUGAUGUUCAAGUAAAAUAUGCAACAUUAAAAGAAGAAGCAGAAGAUUUAACAAGAAAAUUAAAAAUUUUCGGAAAAAAAUAUCAAGAAGCAAAACGAGAAUUAAUGGACCUUGAAAAUGAAAAUCUUCAACAACGUACAGAAUUAAUCGAAGCUAAUUCGCAAGCAUUUCGUGAAUUACAAAAACAAGAAUUUAUUAUUGGAAGUUAUAUACCUGAAGAAUAUCUUAAACUUAUUCAAGAGAAUGCUGUAUGGAAUGAACAAUUUGGAGAAUGGAGUCUUAAAUCAAUUGCAUAUACUGGAAACAAUAUUAAGAAUAAAGAAAAAUCAAAACAAGAUCAAAAUGAUGAUUUAAAUUUAACACAUGUCUAUUUAGCAUAUACAGCUAAAGGUGCUGAAAAAGCUAUGCGAGAUUUUAUGGAUAGAAAGAAAAAAAUUCGUGCUAAAGAGAGAAAAAAAAAGACAACAAAAGAAACAAAUAAUGAUCGUCCAACGACAGCAGUACGAGAUUAA